AUGUCUUUCCCUCAAGACCGCCGGCGUCGUGCGCCGAACGGAAUGGGCUUCAGUUCGACAGGUAGACGAACAUUUAUGGGAUAUUGGAUUCCGUUAGCAGUGACAGUUGGUAUUGCGACAAUCAGCGUAGCUGCUUGGGUUUGGAGCGAGAGACAAGAAAACAAGGACGACGAUGAAGGACGCGAUUAUCCGGAUAAUUUUGACGGUCCUCCCCCUCCACCAGGCUAUGAGGGUGGUGUUCCACCUGGUGCGGAUAUUGCGAGGUCAGCGGGAGCAGAUGCGCGACAGGAUGAUGGUAGUGUCAUUGCGCGUAUGCAAGGCGCAUUACGUCGAACACCUAGUCCACAGCAGAUCUUUGAUGGUGCGAGUAAAAGGGUUGCGGCCGGGAUGGCAGCUGCGGGCGCUAUGGUGGGAGGUGCUUUGAGCUCUAUCACGGAAGAACGUGGCGAUUUCGAAGAUCAUUCGCGUUGGUCUGAGGAGGCCGAUUUGCGCGCUAGAGGUGGAGCCGGUGUUACUUCUCGGGGUGCUCCCUUUGCUGCCGCAAAGGCGAAGAAGGCUGUGGCACUUGUCGUCUCAUCUGUUGCCAUAUCUGAGGAUCCAGAGGAUAUUACCUUGUCUGAACAUGCGUCUAUUCUUUCGCAUCUCCCGUCACACGUCGAUACAGAUGUCGCUCGCGUCUUCGUUCUCAUCUACGCUCCUAAUCUGAAACAUACUAUUGGUCUUCAAUCGUCGACUCGGCCUACACCAUCUGUGGACUCUUCAUUUUCCAACAUCGCACCCGAAGAAGCAGCCGAUGCUCCUGGUGCUUCUGGAAAUGAAUUCACGAACCUCGAACCUCGUUCCGCAUCUGAUGAGCUUGAAUCUGCUGGGCGCCUUUUCAAGACCCUGUACACACAGGCUCAGGCACUCGUGGACAAGGAGAGCAUGAUCAUGCCUUACAGCACGCUUAAUGGACACCUACAUAUCUUGCGCCAUUUAUCACCAGACAUUGUAUAUAUACAGGAAUCAUUGGCUGGUCCUGAAGGCGACAGCGUCAAAAAACUUGCCGACUGGGUUAGACACGUGGUGGUUGUUGUGGGCGACGAAGGCGGUCGGGGUGGCUUAAUAGAUAGUGAAGACGAGCACUCAGCGCUUGGAGGCGAGCGUCGUGAGAAGUGGUGGCAGAAAGAAGGUGUUACCGGUAUCGGAAAACACAUUGAUAUCGUUGACAGUCUCAAAGCUGGCGACGAUUGGAGACGACGAGUCUCGGGUCAUGACUAA